GCAGAUAGCAGAUUAGAAGAAGAUAGGAAAGAACAGCAGGGCAGAACAGAGAGCAGCAGACUCCCAGUGCACAGCCAUGGCCACCACAACCUUAUCCCUCCACGGGCUCCCGUCCCCGACUGCCAAGAAGCUCACCUCCUCCUUCCUCGGCGCCCCCUCCUCCUUCCUCCGCCCGGCGGCGCUCGCGGCCGCGGCCACGCCCUCGCGGAGGGUGUUCGCCGUCAGGGCCAUGGCGCCCCCCAAGCCCGGGGCCAAGCCCAAGAAAGUGGUGGGCAUCAUAAAGCUGGCGCUGGAGGCGGGCAAGGCGACGCCCGCGCCGCCCGUCGGCCCCGCGCUCGGUGCCAAGGGUGUCAACAUCAUGGCCUUCUGCAAGGAUUACAAUGCCAAGACGGCCGACAAGCCCGGCUACAUCAUCCCCGUCGAGAUCACCGUGUUCGAUGAUAAGAGCUUCACCUUUAUCUUGAAGACGCCUCCUGCCUCAGUGCUGCUCCUCAAGGCUGCAGGCGUCGAAAAAGGCUCAAAGGAGCCACAGCGCGAGAAAGUUGGAAAGGUGACAGUGGACCAAGUACGCACGAUCGCCCAGGAGAAGCUGCCUGACUUGAACUGCAAAACCAUCGAAUCCGCUAUGAGAAUCAUAGCGGGCACUGCCGCUAACAUGGGCAUCGAUGUUGACCCGCCGAUCCUGGUGAAGAAGGAGAAGGUGAUCUUCUAGUCUAUUUGCCAGCACGCUGGAAUCACCUUAGCAAUGUCCAUCUGUACAUUUUUGCUUCAUUUUUGUACGCACAUAUGCUGUAGUGCCAGGGAUUUCCACCUGGUCAGUGUGAGAGAUAAAACAUAUGUGAUUUUCUGAGCAAAGCUGUAAAAUCAUUGGCUUCGGUACCGUAGAGCCCUCUCACGCUGCGGGUAGGUCUGCAGGCUGCAGCUAUAUGUUUGGUCCUGGAACUUUCUUCGUUUUGAAAUUCAUAUCACGAUUGCUCUA